AAGGAGGAGUUAACACAUCAUAAGGAGCCCUGGUGGCGCAGUGGUUAAGUGCUCGGCUGCCAACUGAAAGCUCAGCGGUUAAGCCUUACCAGCUUCGGUGGCAGAAAGAUGUGAUAGUCAGCUUCUGUUGACAGCCUUGGAAAUUCUAUGGGGCGGCUCUGCUGUGCCCUAUAGGGUCGCUAUGAGUCGGAAUCCCCUCAACGGCCACGGGUUUAAGGGAUGUUAAGGAAGAGAUGGGGCAACUCACUAUCUGAAAUGUUUCUUAAAGGGUAAGUUGAAGGCGCAUGGGGCAGAAAGAGAAAUAGGCGGUACCGAAAUGGAAGAGUGUGGGAGAUGUUUGGGGCACAGCAGAGAAUUUGGCCUGGCUGGAGUCUGAGAGAGAGGAAAAUAGGAGGGAGCUGAUAAAGCUGUAACUGUAUGUUGGAACCAGAUCAUAAAGGCGCUACUGAGUCGGAAAGGAGGGGCCAGCUUUCAGAAGUUAUAUAACCACUGCAGUAGCAGUGAAGGGAGUCAGACAGGAAAGCAGUGUCAUUAGGUCAAGUUUUAGAAACGUUACUCCGGCAGUGCUAUAAACUGAGUGGGGUGAGACAUUGUCAGAGGGCUUAAUUAAUUGUCAGGGCUGUUGAGGACACUUCGUAUUGAGUCAUUCUUUCUAGGAGCACCAGGGUGAAGGAUAAGUGUUGCCUCUGAAGCUGACGCUUUCUAAAUUCUAGCAGUUAGGGAUUUGGAGAUGCUUGAACUAGUGUGGGGUAGGGGAGAGCUGGAAAAGUCCUUAUCUGCUUUUGAGGGUACAGUAGAAACUGCUUUGGCAGAAUGAUAGAAUUAGGAACACAUUACCAAAAUCGAAGGCAAUUCUGUAAAGACUAGCUAACAAUAAUAGCCAGCAUUUAUGUACUUACUGUGUGCUAGGCACUGUUGUGUCUGUCUUAACAUACCAAACCCCCUGCCCCCAGUGAUUCCACCUCAUAAUGACUGUCCCUGUAGGACAGUAGAGCUGUUCCAUAGGGUUUCCAAGGCUGUACAUCUUUAUGGAAGCAGACUGCCAUGUCUUUCUCCCCUGGAGCCACUGUGUGAAAAAGCAGUUGAUGUGAAGAAAAGUAAGUCCUGUGAAGCUGAUGUCUCCAGCGACCUUCGAAAAGAAGUCGAAAAUCAUUAUAAGCUCUCUCUGCCUGAAGAUUUCUAUCAUUUCUGGAACUUCUGUGGAGAACUUGAUCCUGAAAAGCCAGCUGAUUCACUUUCUGCAAGCCUUGGCCUUCGAUUAGUCGGCCCUUAUGAUAUCCUUGCUGGAAAACAUAAAAUGAAGAAAAAAUCAGCAGGCCUGAAUUGUAACCUUCACUGGAGGUUUUACUAUGAUCCUCCUGAGUUCCAGACCAUCAUUAUAGGAGAUGGUAGGACGCAGUACCACAUGGGGUAUUUCAGGGAUUCUCCCGAUGAACUUCCUGUGUAUGUUGGUACAAAUGAAGCAAAGAAAAAUUGUCUAAUUGUUCAAAGUGGAGAUAAUGUGUUUGCUGCAGUCAAAUUAUUUUUGAUGAAAAAACUUAAAGAAGUAACAGAUAAAAAGAAAACUAGUCUUUUGAAGAGCAUAGAUGAGAAACUCACAGCAGCGGCCAGAGAACUGGGGUACUCACUGGAGCAGAGAACCGCCAGGAUGAAACAGAGAGAUAAGAAAGUUGUGACAAAGACCUUUCACAAUGCAGGCUUGGUUGUCCCGGUGGAUAAAAACGAUGUUGGGUACAGAGAGCUCCCUGAGGCAGAUGCUGACCUCAAGCGAAUUUGCAAGACAAUUGUCGAGGCGCCAAGUGAUGAGGAGAGACUGAAAGCUUUUGCCCCCAUUCAAGAAAUGAUGACUUUUGUGCAGUUUGCCAAUGAUGAAUGCGAUUAUGGCAUGGGGCUUGAGUUGGGAAUGGACCUCUUUUGCUAUGGUUCCCAUUAUUUUCAUAAAGUUGCUGGCCAGCUUUUAUCUCUUGCUUAUAAUCUGCUGAAGAGGAAUCUGUUUGCAGAAAUUAUUGAAGAUCAUCUGGCAAACAGAAGGAAAGAGAACAUAGACCAGCUUGCAGCAUGAGUCAGAGUUGGCAUUGUUUGGUGUAUAUUUUAAAGUAUUAACAUUACAUUUGUGAUUUUUUUGUUUGUUUUUAAGGAAUACAGAAAAUAAACUGAUGGAAACAUUCGCUAAAAACUUUUA